AUGUCAUUACCAUUAAGAGCACAAUUUGUGGUGGUGUUGACUGUUGUGGUAUUUAACGAUGUUGUUGAAUUACGUAUAGCUGAAAAUCCCAAAUAUAGAGGACCACGUCUCUGUGCCAUGCGUAUACAACAGAACGGACAAAGCAAUAUUUUACUAGACAAUAUAGAGUCAAUUGAAGCCAUUACUCCCGUCAUCUAUCGAAGGCGUGAACGUUUGCUAGAUGAGGAACUAGAUGACAACAAAGAUAUUAUAACGUCCAAAACUACUAGGGAAAGCCAGCAGCCAGCAAUAGAAACAGCUAAAGAGGCUAUAGAAACCGAAACUGCUGGAAUGGAAGAGCUAAAGGCCACAGAUGCACCCGAAGCCAUUAAAGAAGAACCACAAACUGAAUGCUUAAAUGUUUUAGCAGCGGUAAAUCCCAAUGAAGAAACAAUCUUAGUAUGUGGUGAUAAAAAGACUGAUAAUUUGUUAGAAAUUAAGAUGGAAGCGGUAAAACCCAGCAUACAAACCACAACUACUACUAAUUAUGAUAAUACAUCCAAGAUGUCAGGGACACAAUCGAGUUCAAUUAGUGAAAAUAUUGAUUUUCAAGAAACGGUUAUACUAAGAAGACAACAAUUGAGCAGGGUGGCCGAAUGGGUGCAAAAUAAUACCCAACAAAUGGAAAUGGAACAGCAACAACAGGAGCAGCAGCAACAACAUUUAAAUUCAUUAAAUCACUGUAAUUCUUCGGUUACCGAUCAUCAGUCAUCGUUUUCUACACUCGAUCAAUUAGAUUCGGUAUCGGUGGAAAAACUUUCUAUGGAUUCGGGUUAUAAGACCACACCACAACUACAGCCCAUAACUAAUUCUUCACAAGAUGAAACUAUUAAAACCUCAGAUGAUUCUUUGUCACCCAAAUCUGAUCUUAACAAUCAAAGUCCUUUGAAUUUUCCACCAAAUUCUAACUGUAAUAUAAACUCGCCUAAACAAGAGCAAACAGAUAAUACACAAAUCUUUAGUACAGCCCAAACCUAUUACCGACGUACUUCACGUUCAGGAUUACCAGUAGCCUAUACAGCCACCGCUGCUGCAGCAGCUGCCUCCCAAGAUGCUCAAGAUUCUAGUUCUCAGUGUUCGCAAAUUAUACCCGAACAGCCAACAUGUGAUAUACUCAACUACAAAUACUAUCCCAAUGACAGUGAUAAAACGCGAGCCAUUAAAGCAGAACUACACACCACCACACAAAGUGUUGAUAUUGCCCAAAUGGAAUAUAAUGUCAAACAAUUCUUGUUAAAACAAAAUGAAUGGUCAAUGCGCAGCACCACCAGAACACAACCGAUAACUAAUAACCAACAAACGGGAGCUUCUAACAGCAGACAUUCUUCCAUAAGACAUAUAAAACUUUUCACCUCCUCAUCUACUGCUGGCCUAGGACCCGGUAAAGGAGAACGUGUAAGAACUACCAUAAGUCAACACAAUAACACAACAGUGCCCUCUAAUAUAACGAAUACAACAGCAGCUGCCUCCUCCGUUUCGACGACAGCUUUAGGAAUUUGUACAAAAUUUAAUGAUUUGAAAGUAUCGUCUACCACUUCCAGUAAUAAUUCCUGUUUAAAUAAUAAUCAUACAAUAACCACUACAACUACAACUGCAAAUGGUUCAAUACCCCAAAGAACUGAAACGAAUUUAUAAAUCAAAAUGAAAAAUAGAAACUUUUAAAACUAUAAACGUGUACUACAUACGUCUCUGAAACCUUGAAACCAAAUAUUUAUUUAGUUAGCAACAAACCAAACAUUUAAAAAAAAAAGGUAAAAAAGUUUCAUCUGAAUGUAAACUCUUAAUUUUCCCCAUUUAAUAAUACGGAUGAUAUUUACACUUGAUAUUCUAAUAUUAACAAUUCUAACUUAUACUCAUAUACUAAUAAUUGUGUAAUUAAAACAAAAAAUAAUAGUAAUAAUAAUAAUAUUAAUAUGAUUAGUGUUAAUGUAUAGUUUAGCCUAAAUUAAAUUUAAAACAUAAAACCAAAAUAAUAAUAAUAAUUAUAUAUUUAUAAAUAUGUAUUCGAAAUAAGCUUUAAACAAAAUUUUAUAUACAA